GGCGGGCACCUGUACGGCCCCGUCUACGUCUCCAGCCUCAGAGGCCUUCGUGGCAGCCUUCCCUCCCCGGACGAGGCCUCGCGACAGUCACAGACGGCGACGUCGAAAAGGCCCGUCAGUACUGUGAGAACCAGCUCAAGUCUACAUGGUGACUACGAAGCUUUUCUCCUCCGACAAUUCGUCCCUCUUUCCUCUCGGGACGCCUACAACGCUCUCCGUACCCUGAACCUCGAACUUGCCCGUCUCCCAGAGACCGUCUCCAACCCGACCAUCGCACGCAUGCGCAUGUCCUUCUGGCGUGAAACCGUGAAUAGCGUCUUCGCCGGCAACCCCCCACGCGAGCCCAUCUCCAUCCUCCUCCACCAAGCCAUACAAGACCUCAAAGCCCGCGCCGGCCCCAGCAGCGCUAGCUCUCUCAAGUUCUGGCUCCUACGCUUGAUCAACACGCGCGAGCAACACAUGGAAAACAGGCCCUUUGUCAGCUUGAACUCGCUGGAAGACUACGCCGAGAAUACGUACGCGACGCUAAUGUAUAUGACCUUGGCUUCCAUGCCUUUGCGAUCAGUACAUAUGGACCACCUGGCUAGUCACAUCGGCAAGGCGUGCGGCAUCGUAGCCACACUACGCGGCAUUCCCGUUCUCGCCGCUCCAUCGCAGCCCAUCCAGGGUCCGGCUGGGAGCGUGGGCAACACCCGGCAUCCCGCCCUGCUACUACCCCUCGAUGUGAUGGCUGAGGUGGGGGUCAGAGAAGAAGAUGUCUUUCGCCACGGACCCAACGCUGAGGGACUGCAGGAUUCCGUGUUCAAGGUGGCUACCAGGGCCAAUGACCAUUUGAUUACGGCGAGGGAGAUGUUGAAGAACUUGAAGGCCGGGGAAGAGGUGGGCCAUGAAUAUGAGCAUGAGGGAGAACAAGAGCAUGUCUACUCCAGCGGUGGGGUCGACGCCACACAAGCUGAUAUCAAGAGGGGGUUUGGGGUGCUGUUGGAAGCAGUCCCGGCUGCCGAUUACUUGGAAAGGUUGGAGAAGGCUGAUUUCGACCCGUUCAAAGUCAAGGCGAGCUGGAAGCUUCCCUGGAGGUUGUGGCGUGCUCUGAAGACACAGCACAUUUGAGUCCUCUGUUUGUGCCGUAUCCGAGGCCAACGAGCCACAAUCGAGAUUCUUCUUUCCAUCACGUCUCGUACUCUUGGUGCUGACCGUCUGUGACGACACAGGAUCGAUCUCGAUCAAGACCGCGAGCGUACACUCCGUGACUAUCGCUUAGCCCGAUUAUCAUGAAUAGGCAAAAGUCUGCAAUCGUCGACAGCAUCAGCCCAGGUCUUCUUGUCCCUUUGAAACGGCUCGAAGCGUCCUCGAGGCAAAGUGUUGACAUGGUCUCGGUAGGACCAUCGUACGACAGAGAGGCACAUGACCCCAUUGCAGAGGGUGGUAGUUGAAAGCACAACAUCCAACACCAAGCCCGAUAUUGCUUGCAAUCUGGGGCAUAGCAACCACUUUAUAAGAGCGUUCCGUGUGGCGUGUUCUCGCCGGUCCUGAGUAGUGGGAACAUGGGUAGCGGCUACAUUUCAGCCUAUUCUUAGGUACC